CGUGAGACUUCAGUGAGAAACAAGCGAGACAGACCUGCAAUUGGAUCCUACACAAGUCAAUCCCACAUGUGGGUGGGCGGUGGACUCAGAGCUGCACACCCAGUAAAGUUUGUGCAACAAAAGGUUGCGGGAAAGUUGCGCACGAACACGACUCACACUUACACCUGAAAUCUGCACGCGCUAAAAGCGCCAAAGCAAGCUGCGUUUAAGACCCGAUUGAGCUCAGUUUCAUUCAAGCCACAAUGAAGUCAUGCUUGUGGAUUUUCGUCCUUGGAAGUUUAAUCGUGACUGGAGUGAAGAUGCAAGACGAUGGAGUGGAAGGUGCAGAGAAUGCCGAUUCUCCGGCAGAUGACCUCGCGCCAGAGGACUCAACCAUUCCUGAUGAAGCUGCAGACGCUGAAGAACCUGCACCUGAAGAAACAUCACCUGAAGAUCCAGCGGAGGAGGCCGUGGAUGAGGCAGCAGCUCCUGCAGAGUCUGAAGACACAAACCCUGAGACAGACGCUGCGACGAAAGAUCAGCCCGCGACAGAAGAUGCUGAAGAAACAGCAGCAGCUCCAUCAGCUGAAGAGGAACCUGCUGGAGAAGAAGCUGAAGCAGAAGCAGAAGCAGUGUUUGUUCAUUGUGGUUCUAGAUGAAGCCGAUGCAACUAUAACAGAAGCCGAGUCACCUGUCGGAGAUCCUGAACCAGAAAUCACGCCUGAAGAAGCUCCAGAUGAUGCAGAAGAAGAACCAGCACAAGAGGAAGCAGAAGGAGGUAAAAUUUCAAAAAGUGAGUGUGAGUGCGUGUGAGUGUGCGUGUGUGUGCGUGU